GCGCUGCCCUCCCUGAGCCGGGGCUCUUCUGCGGCAGCUGCUGUGGCGGCUGCGGUGCCGGUAGCGAGAGGUGAGCGAGGGUUCGAGAAACAGCGCGUCCGGGAGCGGCUUUGGAGGGGCUGUAGGAGCGCGCUCCGGCAGUCACCUGGCUUGAUUGGAGUGAAACCCAGCUACUCCUCCGCUACUCUCUGCCAUCAUGGGGGAACUUUUCCGGAGCGAGGAGAUGACACUGGCCCAGCUAUUUCUACAGUCAGAAGCAGCUUAUUGUUGUGUCAGUGAAUUAGGAGAACUUGGGAAGGUUCAGUUCCGAGAUUUAAAUCCAGAUGUGAAUGUUUUCCAGAGGAAAUUUGUCAAUGAAGUAAGAAGAUGUGAAGAAAUGGAUCGGAAGCUUCGAUUUGUUGAGAAAGAGAUAAGAAAAGCUAACAUCCCAAUUAUGGAUACUGGUGAGAACCCCGAGGUGCCCUUCCCCCGAGACAUGAUUGACUUAGAGGCCAAUUUUGAGAAGAUUGAAAAUGAACUGAAGGAAAUCAACACAAACCAGGAAGCUCUGAAGAGGAAUUUCCUGGAACUGACUGAGUUAAAGUUUAUACUUCGCAAAACUCAGCAGUUUUUUGAUGAGGCUGAAUUGCAUCAUCAGCAGAUGGCGGAUCCAGACCUGUUGGAAGAGUCCUCAUCACUCUUGGAGCCGAAUGAGAUGGGAAGAGGCGCACCUUUAAGACUUGGCUUCGUGGCUGGUGUGAUUAACCGGGAGCGCAUCCCUACUUUUGAGCGCAUGCUUUGGCGAGUGUGCCGAGGGAAUGUGUUUCUGCGGCAGGCUGAGAUCGAGAACCCCCUGGAGGAUCCUGUGACUGGCGACUACGUGCACAAGUCUGUGUUCAUCAUUUUUUUCCAAGGCGAUCAGCUGAAAAACAGAGUCAAGAAAAUCUGCGAAGGGUUCCGAGCUUCCCUCUAUCCCUGUCCUGAGACACCACAAGAGAGGAAAGAAAUGGCUUCUGGAGUCAAUACCAGGAUUGAUGAUCUCCAAAUGGUUCUGAAUCAAACUGAGGAUCACCGUCAAAGGGUUCUGCAAGCAGCUGCUAAGAAUAUCCGGGUCUGGUUCAUCAAGGUGCGGAAGAUGAAAGCUAUCUACCACACCCUGAACCUGUGCAACAUAGACGUGACCCAGAAGUGCCUGAUUGCAGAGGUCUGGUGCCCUGUCACUGACCUCGACUCCAUCCAGUUUGCACUUAGAAGAGGCACGGAACACAGUGGUUCCACCGUCCCCUCCAUUCUGAACAGGAUGCAGACAAACCAGACUCCACCAACCUAUAACAAAACCAACAAGUUCACAUAUGGCUUUCAGAACAUAGUGGAUGCAUAUGGAAUUGGAACUUACCGAGAGAUAAACCCAGCUCCAUAUACCAUCAUCACUUUCCCUUUCCUGUUUGCUGUAAUGUUUGGAGAUUUUGGGCAUGGCAUUUUGAUGACCCUUUUUGCCGUGUGGAUGGUGUUAAGGGAGAGCCGGAUCCUCUCCCAGAAGAACGAGAAUGAGAUGUUUAGCACUGUGUUCAGUGGUCGAUACAUCAUCCUCCUGAUGGGAGUCUUCUCCAUCUACACUGGUCUCAUCUACAAUGACUGUUUUUCCAAGUCUCUUAAUAUCUUUGGGUCAUCAUGGAGUGUACGGCCAAUGUUCACUUUAGGGAAUUGGACGGAAGAAACACUUCUGGGAAACCCUGUACUCCAGUUGAACCCAGCCAUACCUGGAGUUUUUGGUGGACCAUACCCAUUUGGCAUUGAUCCAAUUUGGAACAUUGCUACCAAUAAACUGACCUUCCUCAACUCCUUUAAGAUGAAGAUGUCUGUUAUUCUUGGUAUCAUCCACAUGUUGUUUGGAGUCAGCCUGAGCCUGUUCAACCAUAUCUAUUUCAAGAAGCCCCUGAAUAUCUACUUCGGCUUUAUUCCUGAGAUAAUCUUCAUGUCCUCCUUGUUUGGCUACCUGGUCAUCCUUAUUUUUUACAAGUGGACGGCCUAUGAUGUUCACACAUCUAAGACAGCACCAAGCCUUUUGAUCCACUUCAUAAACAUGUUCCUCUUUUCCUACCCAGAGUCUGGUGAUGCAAUGCUGUACUCUGGACAGAAAGGAAUUCAGUGCUUCCUCAUAGUAGUUGCACUACUGUGUGUUCCUUGGAUGCUGCUGUUUAAGCCACUGGUCCUUCGCCAUCAGUAUUUGAGGAAGAAGCAUUUGGGAACUCUCAACUUUGGUGGGAUCAGGGUGGGCAACGGACCGACAGAGGAGGAUGCUGAGAUUAUUCAGCAUGACCAGCUCUCCACCCAUUCAGAGGACGCGGAAGAGCCUACCGAGGACGAAGUGUUUGACUUUGCAGACACCAUGGUCCACCAGGCAAUCCACACCAUCGAGUACUGCCUCGGUUGCAUCUCCAAUACCGCCUCCUACCUGCGGCUCUGGGCCCUCAGCCUUGCUCAUGCACAGCUCUCUGAAGUGCUUUGGACCAUGGUGAUCCACAUUGGAUUGAAUGUGAGGAGCUUGGCAGGGGGGUUGGCACUGUUCUUCAUCUUCACUGCCUUUGCUACCUUGACUGUGGCCAUCCUGCUGAUCAUGGAGGGCCUUUCAGCCUUCCUCCAUGCACUGCGGUUACACUGGGUUGAAUUCCAGAAUAAAUUCUACAGUGGGACUGGUUUCAAGUUCCUACCCUUCUCCUUUGAGCACAUUCGGGAAGGGAAGUUUGAUGAGUGAGCCCCCAGCAGGGCCCAGCACCUUCCCUGCCUGCCUCCACAGUGAUUAUCGUGUUCCUUUGGCCUGUUGGAUUGCUAGACAUCAGGGCAUUUGUGUCACCCUUGCCACCCCUACCCCAGCUUCAAGUCAUUAGAUAGUGUUGACCUUCCCUGGGUCUCUCUCCACCUCUAGCCUUGUGUGUAGUGUAGUGAUUUCUAGAAAGAAGCUGGCUGUGCCAGACAUCCCCACUGGCACCAGCCUUGGCCUCUGGGCUGACAGACAGACAGUCCUGCUCCAUCCCCUGCUGGUGUGCCUGCCUGCACAUCCACAUGGAAGCACAGAGUCCUCAGAACUUCUGGGUAAGGGGGCCCCUCUCCUGUCCCCAGAGUUCCUGCCCACACCUCAGAGGGGAUCACAGCAGGUUCUUUCCCAGAAAGGGACACUCUUUUUGGCACACAUCCCACUCCAGUUAACAGGGCAGUCCCAGAAGAUGGUAGUAGCAUCCUUUGCCCACCCCUCUCCAGUGAUUAUUAAUCAGGAAUUCAGCUGGCCCCAUCUGGACAUAAUGAGUUUCUCCUUGUCAUCCCAAAGGUCCCAGCAUAACUAGCACCAUUCUCCAAAUCACCCUUUACAUCCUAGGACUGAAAGGAGGGGCUGGGGUGCAACUGGCUUGUAACAGGGCAGUCAUUCUUCCUCCAGAGUAGCUUCUGCCAAGCCUGUACAUGUAUGGGCCCUGCUCAGCAGUACUCCCCUGGAACAGAGGUUCAAAUUGACACUGUCUUCAUGCAGCCCUGAGCCCCUCCCCACCUUGAUCAUGGUGACUUGAGGUUGUGGUUGUUGAGGCUGGUUCUGCCAGCAGGCCUGCCUUGAUCUGUCCACUGAUACUCCCUCCCUACUCCCUCAUUGACCUCAGGUCUCAGGAGUGGUGUCCUGUGCCGGCCAGUCAGUGUCAUUUACAGUUCGCUAACUGGAAGCAACUGGCAGGGCUGACAGUGCACAUGUGCUGAGAGCUGUGCAGCCCUGCCAAGCCCAUGACCCCCUGCAUGCACUCUGACCCUUCUAAUCAUGUGCUGGCCCAGCCCUAACUGCUCCAGCUCCAUUCACCCCAUCACCUUCAUUGAAGAGGUAAACAUUAAAUUGGCAAGGUCCAUGCCCUCUUCCCAACCCAGUGCCCCUGAGAGCUCCUCACCCACUUGCCAGGCAGGGCUGGCCCACUGUGACCUGACCCAGACUGUACUGAAUCCCCUCUCCUCUUGUGCCUGGUUUACAUGGUGAUCUUUGCUCUGUUUACACUAGUCUAAAGCAGAGUUCUUUGUCAGGGACCCUGCCCAAGGCCUUCUGUUCAGACAUUCCUGUGCUGAAUAAAAUGUGUUUGACUCAUGGAA